GUGACAUGCCUCUCACUCGUCUCCAGCAGUAGGGUGACCAUUACUUACAAAGGAAGAGGUCACUUACUGAUCCUUGUUAGUACCAAACCAGUCAACCAAAGACAUCGCCUAAUUGGUCGGGACUAGAAUUAAGAUUGACAAACAUUGGGGUGUGCUGCAGUGGACGUUGGUGCACACAUCGAAUGGUGUGUUCUGACAGAAGUUCGAUUGUGGUGAAUCCCUUGUAUUGAUUGGUGUGAAUGAUUUAGCAAUAAGCUGUCAAUACAUGAACAAUGGAAUGUAACUUUAAAUCAUUCGGUAUAAAAAAAGCCAUUCCUAGGUUUAAAAGUCAGGCCUGAUGACUGGUGUACUAAGCGGCUGUGCUGUUUGUAGCGGGACACCAUGUAGCGUAUUGGUGGUUGUGUAUUGGAGGAGAUAAAGACUGUUCCGGACGAUGGAUCUGAUUGGUGUCGGAGUGAUACCGUGCUGAUAGGUGGUAUGGAUGGUCCAAGACAAUGGGUCUGAUGUAUGACUGACCUGCCACGCUGUCCCACUGCACAACCCACAUUGUCCCACACGGGUCAACAAUAGAACUCAAAACUAUUUUGGCCACAAAACACAAAAACAAAACAACAAAUACAUCUCUAAGAUGGAAUCUGGGUUUAUUCUCAUUCAAAGUCUGUGAUUUUAAGAUAACAAGUUUCAACACCUAUUGACGACGGAGGGUUUGACAAACUUAUUUCGACGAAGAAUUACCAGAGUUGAUCAGAUACGUCUAGACUGUGGUAUAGUGUUCAAGGAAACAUAAAAUAUAGAUGUGGCCAUAACUUGAGAUCAUUGCACCAAUGGAACAUUGCAUGGAUGUGUGUAUGGAAUAUUAUAAUGUCUACCUCUCGGAGUUUUGUAAAAUGAGGAAAUGGUGUACGAUGGUGUGAGGGAGAAGUGUUGCAGUGAGGUGACAGAAGUGUUGGGUCCAUAAGGCUGGUCGUGUAACCAAGAUGAAUCAGCAGACACUGUUGUACCACACAAAACUCCAGGACUGGAGUCAAAUCUACCACCUCAAGGCAGAUGGGCGUGUCUGCAAGGCAUCAAAGGUGCCUUAUCUCCCUGCUCACAAACUUCAACAAAUCGAAGUUUGGAGGAAAGAUGUAUCCAAAACUUUGAGAAAAACUUGUUCUGCCAGACCAGACAGGUCUCAAUCCAAAGCUACCAAAGAUGUCCGACCAAUCUCUGAAAUAGUACGCACGAACACACCUUUUCAGGUUAAUGGGCACGAGAAACCUCGGCCCAGGAGUGCUUGGUCAAACUCCACAAAUGACAUGCAAACUGUGACCAGUAACUUAGCUGAGACGUCACUACACUACGCAGCCCAGAGAGAGCAACUCCACAAGGUAAAUGCCUCCAGGAGCCAAUCAAUACGAAUCAAUAGGAAACAGGUAACACACACGGGUGAUGCUAAGGCACCAGCAGAGCGCUGUAUCAGGACGGAAGGAGGAUCACCACUGAACCAGGCUAAGGAGAUCAUCCCUAACGGGGAAGUCAAAGACAUGCCGAGGGAUGAGGAUGAUGAACAGGACAAUCUGAGUGAUGUUGAGGUCCUAAGUAGUGUUACACAGUUCAGGAUGGAGAACAGGGGACACAUGAUACAGGUGAAGGACCAGACGGUGUUGUCUAUGAGAUCACAAUCAAACAAUCUUCUCAAUGUCUUAUCGGUGGACGACUGUAAAAUGGCUAUUAGAUCAAGACUGAGAAAUAGAGUGAUUCAGGACCAUGAACAAAAUGGUGAAGCAAAUUCGGAUGAGAAACACUCUGAUACAAACUCAAUAGGAAGGUUAACAUUAGAUAAAAGUAGGACCAGUUAUGGAAGAAGGACUGGCGCUGACAAAGUGAAUGAAACAGCAUCCAAACUUGGACGUGACACAAAAGUGCCAGUGAAAAGUCGUACAGCUAAGAUUACCAAGGCGAUAGACAACAUGGUGCAUGACAGAAAAGUGAUGAAUGAUUUGGAUCGUAACUUCGACUCUAGGAUUGGUUCUACUGCUCGUAUAACCCUUGAGCGUGCUGAAGGGGGAAAGAUUUUUAAGAGAUUGAAUUCUGCUUUAAAGAAACAUGUGAAUGGUUUACUAAUGCACCAGUCUGCUAGUCAAAGGAAGUUCUAUACUCAGACAGUUAUAAGUAGCCAAUCUGACACUCUGUUUGACGGGGAUACUCAGUACAGGAGUGGAACCUGUACUCCAUCCGAGGGGGCCAGGCAGGGUGAGUCAGCCCUGUCCAAUGUCACCCCUACCCAUCCAGAUAUCAGCGGGCUGGACAGCUAUAGGGGCAUCCCUCAAACACCCGCCAUACCCGAGGAAAUGGAGGAUGAUCAGGAAAGUUACGAAAACUCUAUCACAUAGACAAUGUUAUGUGAUCUAAGGAUUCCAGUUUUUUAGGUGUUGUAGGUUACAAUGUUAUUAAUUGUAGUAGAGAUAUCUGCUAACUUCCUCUGUGAUUUAUAUGGACCUUAUUGUCUCCUUGCCUUGUGAGUAUCUAACUUCAAUGUCUGGUCUAACAUAUUCAUUCAUUUUGACAAUAUCAUUUAUAUUCAUUGGUUGACAAUGUCUGUUGUAAACCCUAGGAAGCUGUUAUUUCUCUAACUGAAAUACUGAUUUUAGUAAUAUUUAUACGAUAACAUACAAAAAUUUGUUACUUUUAUUAUGAUUAUGAUGACAAAUGAGUAAUAAGUAAAUAGUUUCCAUCUGUAUUAUCUGUCUAACAGAGCUGUUAAUCAUUGGUAGGACAAGUUAAUUUGUAUACUGUACAUGCAUGGUUAAUUAAAGGUAUGACAAAUUAGUUUAUAUUUUUCUGUGUAAGGCAAUGCCAUAUGAAUAUUUCCCCACACUGGGGACAAGUAAUGCAGCACCCUGGUGCCAGUGGGUACAAAGCUACCUACAAUGUACACUCAGAGUGUGAUAGGCAUACCUUAGUUCCAUCGACUAAUACUAGUUGUUCUGAUUAUCUAUACAACUCAACAGUCUUUUUAAAUUAAUGCCAAUACAUGUACUGAUAUAGGACAUAAGGCAAGACAUUGUACUUAACUUUGAAGUUGGUUAAAUUGAAUGUAUGUAUUGAUCUACCUAUAGCAAAUCUACCGCCACCAGUAUUAUAUACACGCCGUCAACACUACCCGCCUAUACACACCUCACAUACGCAGUCACGAGGGCCGCAUCACAAUGAUCGUAAUAAAACACAAUCAAGCAAUUCAUUAUUUAGUAGUUUAUUAUUAAUCACUAAAAAUAUAUUACCAGUAACUUGAAACAAUAUUUUUAAUGUUUUAAGUACAAAACAGUUACCAGUAGACUUGACAAUUAGUGCACCUGUUUAACUGGAGUGUAAAAAUGCAUAAAACUGUCUCAAUAUAAAGGCAAGAUUGUGAAAUAUGUAAUGGUAAAAAAGUCUGCUAAUUAGUAAACAAAUUUACAAUUGUUUAACAAAAUUUCUUCAUUGAAUAUUUUUAAGGUAUUUUUU